GGAGGAGCCUGGUUCGCACCCCGAAGCAGGCGGGGCCUCGAGAGGAGGCGGAGACAACCGCAGGACACGAGCCUCUACUGCCAAACGAGAGAAGCUUUCAGGAUGCUGCUAAAAGCAAUAAUCUGGAUCUUAUGGAGAAGCUGUUGGAAAAGAAGGUUAACAUUAAUGCUGUGAACAAUAUGAACCGUACAGCCCUGCAUUUUGCAGUGGGGGGAAAUCAUUUUUCUGCGGUGAAUUUCUUACUGACUCACAAGGCCAGGGUGGAUAUUGCUGAUAAGCACGGUCUGACAGCAAUGCACCUCGCAGCCUGGACAGGGAGCUUUGAGAUCAUGCUCAUGCUCGUUAAAGCUGGAGUGGACCAGAGAGCCACGAGCCGGGAUGGGCUGAACGUGCUGCACUUUGCGGCCCAGAGCAACAGCGUGCGCAUCGUGGACUACCUCAUCCAGGACCUGCACCUGCAGGAGCUGGACCAGUGUGACCAGAAAGGAAGAAAACCAUUUCUCUUGGCAGCUGGGAGGGGUCACCUGGAAAUGAUAGAAAAACUGACACAGCUUAACCUGCACACUUCAGAGAAGGACAAGGAGGGAAACACAGCCUUGCACCUGGCUGCGAUGCAUGGUCACAGUCCUGCGGUGCAGAUGCUGCUGACUCAGUGGCAAGAAGUGGACGAGACCAAUGAGAAUGGAGAAACACCAUUCUUCUUGGCUGUUGCAGGAGGUCAUGAAGAAUGCAGCAAAGUACUGCUGGCAGCAGGAAGUGACAUCAACAUUAUGAAUAAACACAGUGUCAGUGUUUUGCAGAUGGCAGCCCAGCGUGGCCACGCCUCCCUGGUCAGCUUUCUUCUCAGUGAGAACGCUAACCUGCUGCAGCGCUUGGGGCCUAGCAAGUCCCCUCUUCAUGUGGCAGUCAGCAACAACCACAUGGCUGUUGUAAGCAGUUUGCUACGUGCACAGCAUGACACUGAUGUCUUAGAUCAGAGGCAGCAAACCCCCCUGCACGUGGCUGCUGACCUUGGAAAUGUGGAGCUGGUGGAAACCCUGCUGAAGGCCGGCUGUGACUUGAAGGUUGCUGAUCAGCAGGGUAGGACUGCGCUGGCCGUGGCCGCCCGGGGUAGCCACAGCCUGGUUGUGGACAUGCUUAUCAAGGCAGAGCGGUACCAGGCCUGGACAGAGGUGCAUCCAGAGGCUGCGUCAACAGGCUUCACUCUGACCUUCAAGCAAGACCACAGCCUGGAGACCAGGCACCUCCGCGCACUCCUCUGGGACCUGGCAUACCAUCAGCUGAAGGCCGGAGAGUGGCAGAGGCUGGCGCGCUCAUGGGACUUCACAGACGACCAGAUCAGUGCCAUUGAGGAGCAGUGGACAGGAAAGGACAGCUUCCGUGAGCACGGCCACAGGGCGCUGCUCAUCUGGCUGCACGGGACCCUGAGGACGCAGCCCGACCCCGACAGGCACCUGUACGCGGAGCUGGUGCGCGCAGGCUUCCCGGAACUGGCUGAAAAGAUUCGUCAAGUCAAACGCAAAGCUGACUCAAGCUCCAGGAAAUGUGCAAUUUCAUAAAUGCCUGAAGAAAUUAUAUUCAUUUUUUCUCCCCCCCCCGCCCCCUUUUUUUUGGACCAG